UCCCCCUUCUCAAAAUCUUUCCAAAGUUUUAUCCCCUUUAUUAUUAUAAAAAACCAUACAAAGAGACGAAUAUAAGAUAAUUUAAAUUAAUUCAAAAAGCGAUAUAAAGCAAUGGCAAAGAAAACAUACGACCUUUUAUUUAAACUUCUCUUAAUUGGGGAUUCCGGUGUAGGAAAAACGUGUAUUCUCUUUAGAUUUAGUGACGAUGCAUUCACUUCUACAUUUAUAUCUACAAUAGGAAUCGAUUUCAAGAUCAAAACGGUAGAAUUAAGAGGAAAGAAGAUAAAAUUGCAGAUAUGGGAUACAGCUGGACAAGAACGUUUCCAUACAAUAACUACGAGCUAUUAUCGUGGAGCAAUGGGAAUAAUGCUGGUUUACGAUAUAACGAAUGAGAAGAGUUUUGAGAAUAUAGUCAAAUGGUUAAGAAACAUUGAUGAACAUGCAAAUGAGGAUGUUGAACGGAUGAUUCUUGGAAACAAAUGUGAUAUGACUGACAAACGUGUUGUCAACAAAGAACGAGGAGAAGCUAUUGCAAGAGAGUACGGAAUACGCUUUAUGGAAACAUCAGCCAAAGCCAACAUUAACAUUGAAAAAGCAUUUUGCGAGUUAGCAGAAGCCAUUCUCGAUAAAACUGCUGACAAUGAUAACAAUCCAGAAAAUCAAUCAAUCGUUGUUGAUCGAAAAGCACAAGACAACUCUUCCGUUUACAAGGGAUGUUGCGCGUAAUCCAAAAACUUAAAACUUGAAUACUUUUUUAAUUUUGAAAACGACGACAAGUGCAACACUUAAUUGCUUUCGCCAUCGAAUAAUGAAUGCAGUUCAAAUCAAAUGAAAUUUAUUCCAAAUUUGAAGUUCGUAAUAAUAAUUCAAAGCCGCAAUUCAUUUAUUCUGUUCAAACGUAACAAAUAUUUGUAAGGAAUAAUGUAUAUAUAAAAAAAGCUUAAUUAAAAUUAUAAUCGUAUAUUGAGAUUAACUGGUUUUGGUGGUAAAGUUUUAUAAUUCAUCAUUGACGACAGAAUUGAUUAAUUUUCCAAUGAUUCAAUGGAAUUUAAUGAAACAAAUUAAAGUUUAUUAUGAUUCCAAAUAUGAAUCCGAUGUUCAUUGUUUACAGAAUUGAAUAUUUGUCAUUCGUCUCAUAACUUGGCAACAAAUGAACAUAAAUUUUAUAUGUAGCAUGAUUUAUGUGAAUUUAUGUUCAUUUUGCGAUGUUUAACCUUCGAUCGGAAUAAAUUUACACUCUCAUGAGAGUUAAUGCAUA